AUGUCAGGCACGUUUCGACAUGUCGCCAAGGCUACGUUUCUAGUGUCCAAGAAGGAGGGCCUGAGCGAUGAAGAGUUUCGGAAGUACUACACUGAGGUCCACGCUCCCAUGGCCCUCGAGUUCUGUAGGCGACACGGCGUGCUCGACUAUUCUAUUGCUGAGAGGGCAGUUACCCGGACUGCCUUUGGCGACAAGACCUCAUUCAUUAACUGCGACGCAAUCACGACCUUUGUCUUCCCGGAUAUGGAAUCGCUCCUUGCGUCAUUCGCAGAUCCAGAAUAUGAGGCAAAACUAGGCCCCGACGAAGAAAAUUUCGCCAAUGGGCAAAAGCUACAGUUUGCCGUAAGCGACGAAUUCGUGCUGCUGGCAGGCGGACAACAGCAAACGAACUGA